GGCUUGGGGAGGUCCUGGGGGAGGAUGGAUCGGUGAUCGGGUACCGGCCGCUGGCGACAGCGCCAUGGAGACGGUGCAGCUGAGGAACCCGCCGCGCCGGCAGCUGAAGAAGUUGGAUGAAGAUAGUUUAACCAAACAACCAGAAGAAGUGUUUGAUGUUUUAGAGAAACUUGGAGAAGGGUCCUAUGGCAGCGUAUACAAAGCUAUUCACAAAGAGACUGGUCAAAUUGUUGCUAUUAAGCAAGUUCCUGUGGAAUCAGACCUGCAGGAGAUAAUUAAGGAAAUCUCUAUAAUGCAGCAAUGUGACAGCCCUCACGUAGUCAAGUAUUACGGCAGCUACUUUAAGAACACAGACUUGUGGAUUGUUAUGGAGUACUGUGGGGCUGGCUCAGUGUCUGAUAUUAUUCGAUUACGAAACAAAACGUUAUCAGAAGAUGAAAUAGCUACAAUACUGCAGUCAACGCUCAAAGGACUAGAAUACCUUCAUUUCAUGAGAAAAAUACACCGAGAUAUCAAGGCGGGUAAUAUUUUGCUCAAUACAGAAGGACAUGCAAAGCUGGCCGAUUUUGGCGUAGCAGGCCAACUUACAGAUACCAUGGCCAAAAGGAAUACCGUAAUAGGAACACCAUUUUGGAUGGCUCCUGAGGUGAUUCAGGAGAUUGGGUACAACUGUGUGGCAGACAUCUGGUCGCUGGGAAUAACUGCCAUAGAAAUGGCAGAAGGAAAGCCCCCAUAUGCUGAUAUCCAUCCAAUGAGGGCAAUCUUCAUGAUUCCUACAAACCCUCCUCCCACAUUCCGAAAGCCAGAGCUGUGGUCAGAUAACUUCACGGAUUUUGUGAAGCAGUGUCUUGUAAAGAGUCCUGAUCAGAGAGCCACAGCCACUCAGCUCCUGCAGCACCCAUUUGUCAAGAGUGCCAAAGGAGUGUCCAUCCUGCGGGACUUGAUUAACGAAGCCAUGGAUGUGAAACUAAAACGCCAGGAAGCCCAGCAGCGGGAGGUGGACCCUGAGGAUGAGGAGAAUUCAGAGGAGGAUGAAAUGGACUCUGGCACGAUGGUCCGAGCCGUGGGCGAUGACAUGGGCACUGUCCGCGUCGCCAGCACCCUGAGUGACGGAGCCAAUACUAUGAUUGAGCAUGACGACACGUUGCCCUCACAGCUGGGCACCAUGGUGAUCAAUACGGAGGAUGAGGAGGAGGAAGGAACGAUGAAAAGAAGAGAUGAAACCAUGCAACCAGCCAAGCCAUCUUUCCUUGAAUAUUUUGAACAAAAGGAAAAGGAAAAUCAGAUCAACAGCUUUGGCAAGAGUGUGCCUGGCCCCCUGAAGAAUUCUUCCGAUUGGAAAGUGCCCCAGGAUGGAGACUAUGAGUUUCUAAAGAGUUGGACCGUGGAAGACCUUCAGAAGAGGCUGCUGGCCCUGGACCCCAUGAUGGAGCAGGAGAUUGAAGAGAUCCGGCAGAAGUACCAGUCCAAGCGGCAGCCGAUCCUCGACGCCAUUGAGGCCAAGAAGCGGCGGCAGCAGAACUUCUGAGCACGCGGGGCCCAGUCCUGCCUGCACACCAGGCCGCUGUGGACGCUCUCUGACUGUCGCUGCUCACGGCUAUCGGCCAGCAGCUCUCCUCUGUCACUUCUCCACAGCCCGUGUGUGAACUCAGGAAAGUGCGCCAGCAGGGAGGGCCACCUUGGCAGUCAGCGUCUUGACGUGUGUCUUCCCGUGGGUCGGGUAUGAUUUCCGAGGGUUUCAACUGGCGCUUUUAAACUCAGAGUUUCAAACCCCGGGGCCAGAGCCUCCUAAGCUGACUGACAGCUGGGCAAGGUGGCAUUUUGUGUGUUUUUUAAAUCUCUCAAUAGCUUUCAAUUGUUCUUUCUGGAAGACUUUUUAAAAUGAUAUAAAUAUGCAUAUAUGUUUGUAAAUUAUAAAGAUUCCCCACGCAGCGUGGUGGCAUCUCUGUA